AUGGGCUCGCAACACGGCUACGCCCAACCGCCUCAGCAGGCCUCCUUCGACGGGUUUCUCUUCGACAUGGACGGCACGCUGAUAGACUCAACGGAAGCAAUUGUCAAGCAUUGGCACACAACUGGCACCGAGCUCGGGCUCGAUCCAGAAGAGAUUCUGAAGACGUCCCAUGGUCGAAGGAGCAUUGACACGUUGAACAUGAUGGCUCCGCAUAAAGCUACGUGGGAUUACGUGAGGGAGGUGGAAGGACGACUGCCCGUUUUAUACGGCGACCUCGCCUCCGAAAUCCCAGGCGCAAGAAGCCUCUUGGACGCGCUCAUCGCCCAGUCGGCGCCGUGGGCAAUCGUCACCUCUGGCACGGAGCCCCUCGUGCUGGGUUGGUUGAAGCGUCUCGAGCUCGCCAUUCCGGAGCACCUCGUCACCGCCGAGUCUGUUGAGAAGGGCAAGCCGGACCCCACGUGCUACCGCAUGAGCCUGGAGAAGCUGGGCCUCCAGCGCCGGCCUGGGCGAGUCCUCGUCUUGGAGGAUUCUCCCGCAGGUAUCAAGGCCGGCAAGGCAGCCGGGUGCAGGGUCAUUGGAUUGACGACGAGCCACACUGUCGAGCAGGUUCUUGCCGCAGGGCCGGACUGGGUAGUUCAGGAUCUGGAGUCGGUCCGGGUCGUUGGACGGGACAAGGGGAGCGUGACGAUUGAGAUUAUGAAUGCCUUGGUGCAAUAA